AGCUCACUUAACCAGCCAAAGCUGGCUCUGAUAUCCCCUAACAAUCUAACUCAGUUGCCAUAGGAACAAAAACCAUGACAACCAAAUACACAACAUAUUCCUCCCCCCAUAAUAAGAACAUCCUCUAAAUAAAACACACACUAGACUAGAGAAGGAGAGUAUACUGCCUCCAUUCCAGGCUAAACCCUGGGGAUCAUUUUGCCCCAGAACCGUGGGUUCGCCCCAGCUGAAGAUCCAGCUGAUGAGGAGGCCUUCUGUCUCUAGGUGGAUUACGGCGAACUUCUGGUGUUGUUGCACCUGAAAGUACUAUGGGUCCGCAGCAUGAACAGGUGAGGAGGUGGUAUCAGCUCGUGCUGGGCAAAGGGGUAUCUCAGCCGCCGGCAGUAACAGAGGAGAAGAGUCAGGAACAGGUGAUUCGGUGUCUCACCAGAAGAGGUGAAGUCAGACCACUCAACUGCAAACGUGUCCUGAGGACUGGCAUGACCGGGCAACAGCUGAUCUACAUGUCGCUGCCAGCUAUAGCACCUGCAACAGCCAGACUGUCAAGUACAUGGCUUCUAUCGACCACUACGAAACUGGCCAACCUGCGGGGGCAAAAAUGGGACGAAAUGUUUGCAGAAUUCAUGGCAGAGUCUCAGAAGAAAACCAACCUGGCUGAGAGGCAGAGGCAGUACAUGAGAACCCAGAAGGAGAAAGAAAUGCAGCUCUCCCAGGACAUCAUAACAUCAACCAAGGAUACCACUGCAGUGGUCAGGAACAGCAUUGCGAAAGUCGAGGGAACUUAUGGACGCUCUCCGGAACCAGAAUGCUCUCCUUCAAAACAUGCUCUUGUUAUGCCAGCAGUCCCUUACUUUCAUUCCCAGCCAUAUCCUUCAGCCCCUCGACAAUACUGGCUACAAGACCAGCAGCAACUUCUCUCUGCUCUAUCCCCACAGCAGUGCUACCAAUGGCACUUCCCCUUUUAAAAUCAACCUCUUAGCACCAGGAACACCAGCUCUUGGGAUCUCAGCACUUGGCAGCCUUGCAGCGCUCCCAACAAUUUUGAUAAGAGGCAGCAGAGGGAAGAUGGAUAGUCACUUGUGACUUUAAGCCCCUCUCCUCCACAUACAAACAGAACAAGAUAUGUGUAUUGUUGCACUUUGUUUUUUUGUUGUUUUUUUUGUGCUGUUGCUUUA